CUAGUGCUGAGGACUCUACUUUUCCAGUGUGGCUCUCUGAUGGAGUUUGUUGCAGAGAGGUUCCCGACGUUGAGGCUAGCCUGCUCUACCCCUUCCUAAACACCAAGAUAUGAUUGGCGGUGAAUGUGGGAGCUGUGCAACGGAGGGACAUGGAGAGGUCGAGUAGUGAUGAAACAUCCAUACCCCGGAGCCUGUCAAUGGAGAGCAGGGUCUCCGACGCCGGGCAGCCGUCCCACUCGGCCCAGCAGUUCGGCACUGGCUUUACUGCGGCCGCUUUCUACGGCAACUCCAGCUCCCAUCCCAGGGGACUGAUCGACCUGGGUGUAAAGAAUGACAAGUACACAGCCCCCAAAGGCAGCAAGUAUGUGGUGUUUUACCUGGACCUCUCGUUUGUUUUCCUCUUAGAGUUCCGGAGCUGCAGCAUGGCCAGUGGCUGCGUGUGUUGUCUCAAGUAUCUGAUGUUUGUUUUCAACCUCAUCUUCUGGCUAUGUGGCUGUGGGCUCCUGGGGGUAGGAAUCUGGCUGUCGGCCACACAGGGAAACUUCGCCGUCCUGGCUCCCAGCCUGCCCUCAUUGUCCGCUGCCAACCUGGUCAUCGCCAUCGGCACCAUCGUCAUGGUGGUCGGCUUCCUGGGCUGUCUCGGAUCCAUCAAAGAAAACAAGUGCCUACUCCUCAGUUUUUUCAUUAUCCUGUUGACUAUUUUCUUAAUGGAGAUGAUCCUCGUCAUUCUGUUCUUCGUCUACAAGACAGAGGUGGCAGAAUACGCCCGCGAGGACCUAAAGUCAGGGCUGUCACUCUACAACUCAAACGGUAAUAUCGGCCUGACCAACGCCUGGAACAUCAUUCAGAACGAGUACGAGUGUUGUGGAGUAGACAAUGCCACUGACUGGCUGGCCAAAGGGGCGACUGCAGUUCCAGACUCCUGUUGUCAGGAGUACAGUCAGAAUUGUGGGCAGAACAAUCCCAGCAACUGGUUCACCAAGGGUUGCUAUGAUAAGAUCGAGGCCUUUGUUGAACAGCAGACGGUCGUUCUCAGCUCAGUUGGGAUGUGCAUCGUGUUGAUCCAGAUUCUUGGAAUGGUUUUCUCAAUGAUCCUGUUUCAUCAGAUCUCCAGAGGUGGUAAAAAGUACAAGGCCUAGUCUGGUCUGGUGUGCACAGGGGUCAUGGCUUCAGCAGCUGUGAGUGUUGUCCUCACCCCUCACCCCUCAGCCUCACUGCUGCUUCAGCAGCGCCAUCCUUCUCUUUUGCCAAAGAAUAUUUUGAGCUCUGUCUUCUUCCGUAUGACGCCGUGACUGUGGUCAGUCACGUUCCAAACCUAGGUCACUGAGUCCACCUCUUCUGUCUGCCACAAAACCCGUGGGGUUCUCUAUGCACGCCCGCAAAGAAAUCCCACUGCUGGAUGUGAGACUGGCCACCGCUCUUGGUUCUGCACUGGCCUGCUGGUGCCCGUGUUGCUCUCGGCCUGUUUCAGAAGCCAGAGUGUCCCGGCAUCGGGCGGCUUGUCCAUUGCAGGCAGGAGGGAGACGACUCUGCGGCCAAUCAUCCAGAACACAGCCCAGCAGAGACACCGAGUGGAACUACUUCAGAAAGGGGAUCCGGUGGGGUGAGGGUUCAUUCUGUGCUGGUGGUCCAAUCUCCUGCUCCAAACCUGAAGAAUGCCGGGGGUGAGGGUUCAUUCUACGCUGGUGGCCAAGGAGGCCCAUUUUCUUGCUCUAAACCUGAUCAAACAACUGGUUGCAUCUGUCUCUGAGGUCGGUCAGGUCAACACAUCUGAUCAGUGGGUCACUUUUUACAAAUAAAUGAGCAACUUUUUUAAAGGUA